ACUUUUUGACCGCAAAGCAACCCGACCUUUUUUUCUGCACUCUUACCUCCGACAGACGUCCCAUGGCAUGGAAAGAUCGACAAUCCCAAGUCGCCGCCGAAAAUGCUGUUCCCCGAGGAGGAUGCGCCUCACCUGAAAGCAUGGAUCGUCAAGCGACUCGAGAAUACAUCUGACGCCGAUGCCGAUGUGCUUGCGGACUAUGUCCUGGCGCUCCUGCGGCACGAUGGCGACGUCAAGGACGUGCGCAAGCUCUGCGAGGAGGAGAUACCCGAUUUUCUGAAAGAAGACUCGUCCGUUUUCGUCAGCGAUGUGUUCGACGCUCUCGCGUACCGAUCGUACCUGCCCGGCGCCCCUCCCCCGCCUCCGAAGCAUGCGCUGUCCGCUCCGGCCCCUGCUAGUGCUGCUGCUGCUGCUGCUCGGCCGUCGCCGAGCAUGUACGAUGACGAUACCCCCAUGGCCGCGGCUCCGGCGUAUCAGUCAUCACCGCUUCGCAACGGGAGGAAACGGGGAUACAACGAUUGGGACGAUCCCAACGCUCAGAAUGGCAGGGACGGCGGUUUUGGCGCGAGAGCAUUCAAGCAACCUCGACGAGGGGGCAUCGGCGGGCGAGUGCUCAAAUCUGACGACGUCAGUACCUACUCGGGAGUUCCGCCGGCCAUGCCCCCAUACCCUCCGGCUGGUCAGCUGCCACCCCCGGGACCGCCCCGUCCUGCAACGGUCGGAUACUUCGACCCCAACGUUGCGACGGACGGCAUGUUUGGAAUGAGCUUGGCAACUGGCCAUCCCAUGCCCGAGCUUCUAGCGCAUGGUCGUGGGCAUCUUCCGCCAAAGCAGAGGAAGAAGUGUCGCGACUGGGAGAGGAAGGGCUACUGUCAGCGCGGCAGCAGCUGCAUGUUCGAGCACAGCAACGACCCCAUCUAUCCUCCCCUGCCGGGCCCACCGUUUGACGCCAUGCAGCGGGCACCGCAACCAGCGGCAGUCGAAGAGUAUGACCCUACGAAUGCCCUCAUGCCUGAUAUUUUCUCCGGCUCCCCUUCUCUUCCUGGGCAGCAGCCUCCCCCGCACACCCGCCAACCGCCGAGGAGCAGGGGUGGCAAGCAACAGAACCGUCAAAGACGGGGCGAAAAAGCACCAUUCUCUGCCGACGGACCCGUCUUUGACAGGUCGAAGUCGACGAUCGUGGUGGAAAACAUCCCAGAGGAGAACUUCAGCGAAGACCAGGUCAGGGACUUUUUCUCACAGUUCGGCAACAUUCUGGAAGUUUCAAUGCAGCCAUAUAAGAGACUGGCCAUUGUUAAAUUCGACAGCUGGAAUUCGGCCAACGCGGCCUACCAGUCGCCGAAAGUGAUUUUCGAAAACCGCUUCGUCAAGGUCUUCUGGUACAAGGACGACCAAUCGGUCCUGCCAGCCUCGUCACCCCUGACCGGCGGAGUAGCCAGUGCGAAGCGGAUGCAUACCACAAACGGGUCGUCUGCGGCUGGCGGUCACCAUACGGGAACCCACGCCGACAUGGACCUCGAGGAAUUUGCGAGGAAGCAAGAAGAGAAGCAAAAGGCUUUCGAGGAGAAGGCCAGGAAGAGAGAGGAGCUGGAACGCCAGCGACAGGAGCUUGAGAAGCGGCAACAGGAGCUCAUCGCCAAGCAAUUAGAAGAGAAGGCGAAGCUGGAGGCCAAACUUGCGGCGCGCAACGGCACUGCGCCCGGCGACGACAACGGCGAUGCGAAGUCGUCAAAGCCACUGACGCAGACAGAAGCACUCCGCGCCCAGUUGGCAGCGCUCGAGGCAGAGGCCAGGCAAAUGGGCCUGGAUCCGGACGCUGUGACCGAAGCCCCGUCGCCGUGGCCCUCCCGGGGCGGCUCGUACGGGUACGGACGAGGCAGAGGCGGAUGGCGCGGGUCAUCGCCCUACACGCCGCGCGGAUCAUACCGCGGAGCCUACCGCGGAGCCUACCGCGGACGCGCCAAUGUCCACGCUGCCUACGCAGCCUACUCGCUUGAUAACCGGCCCAAGAAGGUGGUUCUCACCGGAGUGGACUUCACCGCGCCAGACAAGGACGAGACGUUGCGGCAGUACCUCUUUGGCAUCGGCGAGUUCACCGGCAUCCAAACCACCGCGGCCGCGACGGAAAUCACCUUCAAAGACCGCAAAACCGCCGAGAAAUUCUUCAACUCAGUCGUCCUCAACGGCAAGGAAAUCCCCGGCCUCGAAGGCUUCCCCGUCGAGCUCGCCUGGGCCGGCGGCCCCAACAGUUCCGCGCCCAGCUCGGCCCCCGCCACCCCCGGCGGCGGCCCCAGCACCCCGGGACUGACCACCACCGCUUCGGGCGGCAGCCGCACUGCCGCUCCCGGUGCCGGCACUGCGCCGGGCGCCAGCACAGCGGGCACCACCACCACCACCGCCACAGCGAGGCCGACAAAGACAACAACAACCAGCACCGCCACCGCGACCGGCACGGGCACGGAGAGAGGCGAAGGCGAAGGGGGAGACGGCCACGGACACGGCCACGGCGACGGCGACGACGCAGCGAGCAGUAGCGGCGAUAAGGACGUGCACAUCCUGCUGGACCGGCCGCCGCAGGACCUGGACUACGAGGUGGCUGACGAGAACCAGUGGGGGUACUAGUAGUGCUCUCUUCUUAGGGCACGAGCUGGGCCGGGCGAGACCGGCUGGGCUGGGAGGGGUUUGUGUCUGGCUCUCUUUUUCAUCAAUUCUUUCCCCCCUUUUCAAUACCCGCCUCGAUCGUCUCCUCCGGGCAGAAAUUGGUUCUCGUAUAUCAUGGCGAGGCGUGGCGCG